AUGUCUGCAUUGUGGCUGUUGCUGGGCCUCUUGGCCUUGACUGACUUAUCUGAAAGCAGCAAUUGGGGAUGUUACGGAAACAUCCGAACCCUGGACACUCCAGGAGCAUCUUGUGGGGUUGGAAGACGUCAUGGCCUGAACUACUGUGGAGUUCGUGCUUCUGAAAGGCUGGCCGAAAUAGACAUGCCCUAUCUUGUGAGAUAUCAACCCAUGAUGCGAACCGUUGGCCAGAGGUACUGUGUGGAUCCUGCAGUGAUCGCUGGUGUCUUGUCCAGGCAGUCCCAAGGGGGCAACUUUCUGGUCAACGUGGGCAACACAGGCAACAUGGGCAACAUGGAAGAUGGAGUCAGGGUGGUGCAGGACCCAAAUCUUUAUGCUCCCUCAUCCUGGAUCACUGAAUCCCAGGUUUCCCAGAUAACUGGGGUUCUGACUUCUAGAAUCAAAGAAAUCCAGAGGCGAUUUCCUACCUGGACCCCCGACCAGUACCUGAGAGGUGGACUCUGUGCCUACAGUGGGGGCCCUGGCUUUGUCAGAAGCAGCCAGGACCUGGGCUGUGACUUCUGCAAUGAUGUCCUUGCACGAGCCAAGUACCUCAAGAGACAUGGCUUUUAGAACUUCAGGUGAAACCCAAGUUUAUUAUCAUCCAUGAGAUCUCCACUAUUAUGCAAAU